AUGAACUAGGUAUAACAAACUUCUUUGUAAAGUAAAGAUUCUCUUAAAGAGGAAUAAGACGGCCCUAAAAAUUAAUCCUUGCAACAAUCAGAAUCUUAGAACUUCAAAAAGGGUAAAGGAAGUGAAGAAAAAGUAGUUGGCAUACUCAAGUUUCUAUAAUAUCUUAUCAGUACAAAAACAUCUCACUGCAAACACAAUAAUCCUGAUUGCAUGACCAAUGCAGUUGAAGGAUUAUUGACUAAUAUGAAGCAUGGAGUAGCAAUUAGAGGAGUCAUGACUUUCUUAAUGAUUUUGCUUGGAAAAUAAAAGAUGUCAAAGAUUAAUUUCAAAGACUAACUUAGAUUCCCUGUCUUUCUAGGACUGUUUGCUUUUAUCUCCAAAUUUGUGCUCUGUCUUUUUAGAAGGCUAAGAAACAAGGAUGAUGGAUUAAACAGUUUUAUGGCAGGGUUUUUGGGAGGUGUAUCUCUACUUGUACAGAAGGAUAAAUCUACAAGAACAAUGUUUGCUCUAUAUUUAACAGUCAGAGCAUAUGAUUCAAGCUAUUUAACUUUAGAAAGCAAGGAAAUUAUACCAAAUAUACCCAAUUUCCACAUGGUCUUUAUCUGCAUAAUUAAUGUUGUGAUAGUAUAUCUAUUCUUCACAUAGAGAGAACGAUUUAGUUUUUCAUACUUUCAAAUGAUAUAUUACCUAUUCAGCAUUCAUAAAGAUCCAAAUGAUCAUAUAAUGUAAGAUAUUCUAACAAAAAUUUGCUAGAAGGGUUAAUGA